UUUAUUUUCCCAACUUUUCCUUUUCUUCUUGAUCCACAAAUUUAGAAUCUAAACAUAAUAAAAAUUGUUUGUUUUAAUCAGAAAAUCAAGCCGCAUAAUUAUGAGAGAAAAAAAGAAAGGAAAAAAAAAAAUUCUCAUCAGUUGACAAACCACAACCAACUCCAAAACUCUAGUAACUUUAGCUUUGUCUUUGCUUCAAUCUUCACCUACGCAACUCUACUUUCAUACCCAUCUUUCUCUCAAAAUCCAAAGGUCCAAGCCGAAACUUCUCUUAAUAACAAAAGAAAGAGAUCAAAUAAAAAAAUCAAAUGCUAAGUAGUGUGUGAUGAAGAAAAAGAUCCACCAUUCUCAUCCCCUUCCACACUUGAGCUUUUCUCGCUUUUACACCAUCUUUCUCAUAUUCAUCAAUGCCUCUAAAUUCACCAAUGGAGGAGACACUCUCACCAUCGACCCGUCUCUCGAUAUCAAAAACCCUAGACUGAAAAAUGCUUACCUUGCACUACAAGCAUGGAAACAAGUCAUCAUCUCAGAUCCAAACAACAAUACUGGAAAUUGGAUCGGAUCCGAUGUGUGUAAUUACACCGGGGUAUUCUGUUCAGAAGCACCCGAUUCUCCUUCAGAACGUACCGUUGCAGGCAUAGAUCUCAACCAGGCCGACCUUUCUGGCCACCUCCCAGAUGAAUUAGGGCUACUAUAUGACAUUGGAUUGUUUCAUAUAAACUCUAACCGAUUUUGUGGUACAAUCCCUCGUAGUUUCUUGAACUUCAAGUUACUGACAGAGUUAGACCUAAGCAACAAUCGCUUCUCUGGCAAGUUUCCUUGUAUUGUACUCCAACUGCCCGAGCUCAAAUACCUCGAUAUCCGGUUCAAUGAAUUUGAAGGUGGGCUUCCCUCAAAACUAUUUGAGAAAGAUCUCGAUGCCAUUUUCGUUAAUGAUAAUAGAUUUUCUUCUGAAUUGCCUGAAAAUAUUGGAAGCUCGCCUGUGUCAGCAUUGGUCUUAGCCAAUAAUAAGUUUCGAGGGUGCCUGCCGGCAAGUUUGAGCAAUAUGUCAGAAACCCUAAACGAGAUAAUUCUCCAGAACAACGAGUUUCGAUCAUGUUUUCCAAGUGAGAUUGGGAUGUUGAAGAAAGUAACUGUGUUCGAUGUAAGUUAUAAUUAUUUUAUGGGGUCGUUGCCGGAGAAUGUUGGAGAGAUGAUGAGUUUGGAGCAUUUGGAUGUUUCUCACAACAUGUUGUCUGGGAAGGUUUUGGAGAAGGUGUGUUUGAUCCCGAGUUUGGAGAAUUUUAACUAUGAUUACAAUUUCUUCACCGAUGAGUCGUCUGUGUGCUUGAAUUUGCCCGGUUUUGAUGAUCAAAGGAAUUGUUUGAAAGGACGACCAACACAAAGAUCUACAAUACAAUGUAGACAAUUGUAA